AUGGAUACAGAGACGGCAGAAGUGGAAAAUGAAGCAGGCAAAAAGGUCAAACCGGCAAUCUUGUUGGCGAUUGGGGAAAAACGUACUGUAAAAGGUGCGGCAAAGGAUCCUUACAUACAAAAAAGACGAGCAGAUGGAUUCUAUUCGUGCACAUGUCCCAGCUGGCGUAAUUUGACAGUAUCGGAAAAGUCAAGAACAUGUGCACAUCUGAAAACACUGCUAGGCGAAGAAUAUGAGGGCGUUCGCAUUCGAAUGGCAAAAACACAAUCCAGCACUUUGAACCUGAAGCGAACGACAUCCAAUCGAUCUUUCAAACGUUCAGCAAGUGACGCUUUCGAUGGAACGCCUCCUUCUUCAUCCGUUUCAGCAACACCAGUUGCAGAUCCGGACGUAUUCCCGUAUUCGACUUCUACUCGAUCACCCAAGAAGAUCAUCAAGUACUUUGGCAUUUUCAAUGAACGAGAUAAUGGCGGUCCAAGAGGAUUGAACGGAGCUGCACCGCUGCUACUAGCGCUCAAAUGGCCAGAAACGAAAAAUCCAGAAGGUUUUUGGUUAUCGGAAAAGUUGGAUGGCGUACGUGCAUGGUGGAAUGGAGAAAAGAUGUAUGCCCGAUCUGGAAGGGCAUGGAAUCCGCCAAAGUGGUUUAAGGAUAAGCUCCCAAAGGAUUUGCAUUUGGAUGGAGAAUUAUGGAUGAAACGUGAUGCUUUCGAUGCAACUUCAGGUAUUUGUAGAAGACAAGAUGCUGAUAAUUGGAAAAAGAUCAAUUUGAUGGUCUUUGAUGUGACAAAUGUUCCACUUCCCUAUGAAGAGCGUCUUAAGCUACUGCGAUCUCGAUUACCGGAUGGAGAACGGACACCGGAUGAAAUCCAGGAAGCAACGAAUCAAGACCUCGGUGGAAAGAUUUGCGUUCUUCCAGCUGUAAAGUGUGAGGGGAAGAGGCAUUUCAAUGAAUUGAUGAAGCAAGUUUUGCAUAAAGGUGGAGAAGGUCUGAUGCUGCGAGAACCUGGUUCGAUGUACGAAGCAGGCAGAAGCAAGUCCUUAUACAAGCAUAAACUGUGGUACGACGCAGAAGCACUUGUUGUAGGGCACGAGUAUGGACAAGGUGAACAUAAAGGUAGGAUGGGAGCAUGCAGAGUGAAGAUGGAAAGUGGUCAUAUUAUUUCUGUUGGAUCUGGUUUUUCAAGAGCUCAAAGGGAUGCUUGGCAACCGUGCGUAGGAAUGAUUAUUCGUUAUCGUUUUCAAGAAUUAUCGCAUGAUGGAUUUCCAAGAUUUCCAAUUUAUGAAGGUACAUGUCCUGAUAAAACUGAACCUUGCGAUGCUAUCGUACGUUCUAAAACCUUCAGAGCCGAAGCGGAAGCUGAAAAAAAGAUAAGAAUACUGGACAAGGAAGCUGCAAGACAAGGUGAAUUGCUUGCAGGUUCUUCCCAAAAGAGUGGAUCCCAUAAUUGA